CUGCACAGGGGCAGCCAAUCGGUGCAAAGUAUUGUCCUUUUGCUCCCAUCAACCUUUGCGUCGCGGCCCACUUUUCGCGUGAGGCUUAUAAGCCGCUGCCGCUCCCUCCGCUGGGAUGUCGGUGGUUUUCGUGCCGGAGAAACUCCGAGGCAAGGCGGAGGUGAACCAAGAGACGUUGCAACGGCUGCUUGAAGAAAAUGACCAGCUGAUUCGAUGUAUUGUGGAAUAUCAGAAUAAAGGAAGAGCUGAAGAAUGUGUGCAACACCAGCACACACUGCACAGAAACCUGAUUUAUUUAGCUACUAUUGCGGAUGCAUCUCCCUCUCCAAAUGCAGGGAAGACUGUUGCAGACUGAUACUGUGCUCCUUGGCACACUUGUGAAUCCUUGAAGGAAAUGGGGAGUGAAUCUGGAAGAUCCAUUAGUCCCCUCCUCUUUAAAGGAGAGGAAUAAAUCCAGCACCUGAUGGAAAGCCAGCUGAAUUGUGCUUCCUUAACAGAACACAUUCCUGCCUUCAUUUCAUCCUCUUUGCCAUCAACUAGUAAAUGCCAUUUGCUUUAUCCCCCACCUUGGGUGCAAAAGGAAAAAUGACAUAGUGCACUGCAUAUUCCUUCAGCUACAAUGUCACUGCUUAAAAGGUCAAGGUUGAUGGGUAUUAUUAUCAACAUUUGCCAUUGCCUCAGAGCAUCAGUUCUCCAGGUGACAUUACAUUCUAGCCCAGUGACCCAUGAAGAAGGUUGGUAAAGAAGGGGUACUUAACAUUUUUACAUUAAAAUCUCAUUCCGGAUAUGGUGAAAAGAGCAAGAGAUUAUAACAAUGUGGUGGUGUAUGCAGUUACCUGUUAGUGCUUGGAAGAGAGAAUUGUCACAUGCCUACUGACAAAACACCUCCUUUUGCCUCUUAUUUGUAUGGAAUUAAACAUUAUCACUCAUAAAGGGCACUGCUAAGCUUUGAUUACUUUAAUGUGUAUUCCUUUUCUGUAGUAAAAACCAUAUUGAUCCUGAUACAUACAUGCAGUAGAGGGAAAAAUAAAGAUAUUUCAACUGGC